AAACUAACCUCCUUUUUUCUUCUUUGUCUUGGCAGAAACAUUUUCUUCUUCAGGUGUUUGAAAGGAUUUUUUUGGAUUUGUAUUUCUUCAUUUUAUGUAUUUCUAUAGGCAAUCUUUAUUGGUGUAUCAUUUUGUCCAUUUGGGAAAGCACACGCUGGUCGGAUCUGAAUUUCAUUUAUUUACUUUUCUUUUCAUUCUGUAUGGUCAACGAUAUUUUGCACAUGUAGCCAUUGUCAUCUUUAAUCCUUAGUCAUAAGAUUAUUAUUAUUAUUAUUGAAAUAAUGAUACAAUAAUUACCAGC